AGGCCAGAGUUCAGAGUACACUUUAUUUGCAUUACCAAGUGAUAGUAAUACUGAGCUUCGCCCUCAGUGGACCGAUAGCUGUUGUUGCCUACUCUCAGACUGAGUCAUCUGUCUUACAGGAGAAAUCGUACCCUCGUACAGUGACUGUAUUUACAGAAUGGAUUCAAUCAUUUCUGUAAUUGGAACCUAUGUUUCCUGGGAUCUCAAGAGUCUGCUGCUCUUCACUGCAGUUUUCAUCAUCACUGCAGACUAUAUUAAGAAUCGUCGGCCAGCAGGCUAUCCUCCAGGACCCCGGGGUCUACCAAUUAUGGGCAACCUAUUCACUAUAGAUCAGAACAGGGCCCAUGAGAGUAUGACACAGUUAGCAGAGACAUAUGGAAAUGUGUACAGUCUCCGGAUGGGACAGGAAUGGAUGGUGGUUUUAAACGGGUUUGAUAUUCUGAAAGAAGCUCUAGUGACGCAGGGAGACAGCCUGGCGGACCGCCCGGACCUUCCUUUACAGAUUGAUAGAGCACACAGACUAGGUGUCAUUACCAGUAGUGGAAACCUCUGGAAGCAGCAGAGACGCUUUGCACUUUCAACCCUUAGACAGUUUGGAUUUGGCAAGAAGUCACUUGAAUCUGUCAUCCUGGAUGAAUUUACAUAUUGUGCAAAAAACAUCAGAAGCUAUAAAGGUAAGCCAUUCAAUCCACACCUCAUCCUUAACAAUGCUGUCUCCAACAUCAUCUGCUCCCUGGUGUUCGGCCAUCGCUUUGAGUACGAUGAAGAGAAGUUCAUUAAAAUGAUGCAACUGUUUGAUAAAGGAUUCCAGAUUGAAGGCUCCAUUUGGGGACAGCUCUACAAUGCAUUUCCUGUACUGAUGAGAUGUUUACCAGGUCCGCAUCAGAGUAUCGGGCAGAUCUGGAAUGAAGUGAAGGAUUUCAUAUGGGUAGAACUAAAUGAGCACAAGAAAACCUGGGAUCCCUCAGAAAAGCAUGACUACAUUGAUUGUUACCUCAGUGAGAUUCAAAUGAAUAAGGGGCAGGACAACAGCACUUUUGAUGAGGAAAAUCUGGUUAUUUGUGUUUUGGAUCUUUUCGCGGCUGGAUCUGAAACCACAUCCACCACCCUGCGCUGGGCUUUCCUCUACAUGGCAAAAUAUCCUGAGAUUCAGGAAAAGGUACAGGCUGAGAUAGACAGAGAGAUUGGAGAGUCCAGACAGCCAUCAAUGGAGGACCGUGCAAACCUGCCUUACACUGAUGCUGUCAUCCAUGAGAUCCAGAGGAUUUCAAACAUAGCUCCUCUUAGCGUGCCGCAUGUCACCAACAGAGACGUCGAGCUGGGGGGAUACGCAGUCCCAAAGGGAGUUAUAGUAAUUGCCAAUUUGACAUCUGUGCUGUUCGACAAGAAAGAGUGGGAGACGCCUCACACCUUCAAUCCAAAUCACUUUCUGAAUGAGGAGGGCAAGUUUGUGAAACGAGCAGCUUUUCUGCCUUUCUCUCUUGGUAAGCGGGUGUGUCUUGGAGAGAGCCUGGCCAAGAUGGAGCUUUUCCUCUUCUUCACCUCCUUCAUGCAGCACUUCACAUUCUCCAUGCCUGCCGGGGUGAAGCCUGAUAUGGACUACCGCUUUGGGCUCACUCUGACACCGAAGAAUUAUGAAAUCUGCAUAACCCCACGUCAUUAGAAACUGCCAGCACUUGCGAUCUUAUUACCAGUUCAGGGUUUAGAGAACAUGACAAGUUUAAUAGUUGAUCGCAUGUUUGAUCUGAAUUUCACAACACACCAGCGAAAUUUCUCUUACCUCUUUAAUAAUAAGUGCAUUAUUUCCUUUAGUUAUUUUUGUUAGUUACAUCUGGAAGACAAAUUUAUCAAUCAAAUCAACCACUCCAAAAGUCAGAGACAGUACGACACCAACUGUCUGCCAUCUAUAAUCCAGUUUGGAGAUCGCCUCCCAGACGCCUUAACGCCCACUCAUAUUCUGGGGCA